AGAAGAAGAAAACAGCGGAAGAAGAUGUCUAGUUUCGCUUCCGACUGACCUAUUUAGCUUAUCAUAUUAGCUGCAGUUUUGUGCCCAACAGUGAAAUUGGAGUGGAUGUGGAAUUCGCGUACCUGGUCACUACUUUAUGACUUUUCAUCUAAAAAGAAGCGGUACAGAGCAAAUGAGCCUUAGUAGCCUAAAGCGUGACGGAGUAGACUAGCUGCUGUUAGUUUCUUUCCUUUAGCUGUGCGAUUAAAAUGAGGCGUCAGAUGUUAGCUGCGCCGUAAAUUCAUCUGGGCUCUUCACAGAAGCUAGCUAGUUGAUUAACGAUUGCUGGCUAAUUAAAGCUAUACAUUUAGUUUUGUUAGCUUAGAUAGGUUCACUCUCUUAACACCCUUGGAUGUUCAGUGUGUCAGGAAGUGACUCUUCAACCCCAUGUCUGCUGAGGCUUCAGUCGGCAGUCAUGCUGCCAACUCUGCCCAGUCCACUGUUUCCCAGCCUGCCUGCCUCCACACAGAUGAGCACAGGAACCAGGGUCUGCUGGGGAGCAAGUACAUCAAGUUAAAUGUUGGUGGCUCAUUGCAUUAUACAACCAUCCAGACGUUAAGCAAGGAAGACAGUCUGCUGCGGAGCAUGUGCAAUGGAGAAACUGAAGUUACCAUAGACUCAGAAGGUUGGGUAGUUUUGGAUAGAUCUGGUCGGCAUUUUGAGUUGGUUCUGAACUUCCUUCGAGAUGGCUCGGUACCACUUCCAGAGGACCACAGAGAACUAGAUGAAGUUCUAAAAGAGGCUCAGUACUACCGGGUCCAGGGGCUCGUCCAACACUGCCUCAGUGCCAUGCAGAAACAAAAGGAUGUCUUUGAAAGUGUAUGCCGCAUACCCAUGAUCACCUCAGCCAAAGAAGAACAGAGGAUGAUUGCUACAUGUAGAAAGCCAGUAGUAAAGUUGCAGAACAACAGAGGAAACAACAAAUACUCAUACACCAGCAACUCUGACGAUAACCUGCUAAAGAACAUUGAACUGUUUGACAAACUCGUCCUGCGAUUUAAUGGCCGCGUCCUGUUUGUCAAAGACGCUGGGGAUGAGAUCUGCUGCUGGUCUUUUUAUGGCGAAGGCCGCAAGAUUGCUGAAGUGUGCUGCACUUCCAUUGUCUAUGCUACAGAGAAGAAGCAGACCAAAGUUGAGUUUCCCGAAGCCCGAAUAUUCGAAGAAACCCUCAAUAUCCUCAUCUAUGAGAACAACAGAGGAUCUGGACCAGGAGGCUUGCACCUUUUAGAUUCAAGAGGCUCCGGUUCAUCGCUGGGAACUGGUCAGUCAGAGGAAGAGGGUGCCGUGGGAGGGGAUAGACGAGUACGACGGAUCCACGUAAGGAGACACAUAAUGCAUGAUGAAAGAGGCCACGGUCAGCAAACUGUGUAUAAGGACUAAUAAUGUGAAAACAAGGCAGGGGAAAGGGACUUAAAAAAAAAUCCCAACAUAGUUUUUUUUGUUUGUUGUUUUAUUGUUUUUUGAAUGCUAAGGGAAUGAAAAACACGUCUUCGAUGACAGCAAUAGUUUGGUACGUAAUUUCAUUAAAUGUCCUCAGACUUUUCAGAAAUGUUGGUUGAUGACUGAUUUGUAAAUUAGGUCUGAGUGUGUGUGGAAAGGAAAAUGCAUCUGUUUACAUGAAAACAAUGUGUGUACAGUCUUUAGAUGGGAAAUACUGGUAGUGAUACUGGCAUUGACAUUACUUUUCAGAGGUUAAUGAACCUCCUGCAAGCUACUGAAUGGUCCUCAAAACCCAACGUCCACACAUCUUUAUCUUAGAGCAGACAACCUAAUGUCCAUGUGGGUUUUAAUGACACGCACAGGCAGCCUUUUCUGUGUGUGACUUGUAGGAAACACUGUGUCAGGUUAUGCAGGCUGUGAAACUUUAUUCCCCUUUCUCUUCUGGAGUGAGAUGCUGCCGAACAUUGAUGGACAGAGGACGGUGAAGUUGAGCCUAGAUAUUGCAACACUGGAAUAAAACACAGUAGCCAUUUUUUUUUCCCGGGGGGCCCGGGGGGUCUUUGUGAAUGAUGAGCAGCUCAGUUUUCUUUAUUUAUGUUAUUACAGCUGUUGCUUCAAGAUGUUUUUAUUAAUUUAUGAACCUAAUUUAUUGUUUGGUAUUUAACUUUUGUAUUGAGUCUUUGUGUUCACUCGUGCUUAAAGGAGUUUUAAUUUCAGAAAAGGUACGUUGCACUCUCUCUGCACUCAAAAUUUGAAUUUACCCCUGUAAAUGAAUAAAUUGUAAGCUUACAUUUCAGUUUAAUUUUUCAAGAGGAACCGAAACCAUUUCUUGGAUUUUGCAUUUUGUUCUGAGCCAUAGACUUUCACUUCUUCUCUGUCUUAAACUAAACUACAGAAUUUUUUUUUUUGGGGGGGGGGUUGUUUUGUUUUAUGUUGUUUUUCUUUGGCCAUAUGGUGAUGACAAAAGUGGUGUGUGUACUGGGUUGUAUUUUUAGUUCUCUCAGGGAGAGGAUUUUCUUUCUAAUCUUCACUAGUGUGUAACCCUAAUCACUCUGAAUACUGGAAAAAUCUGAAUGAGAGCAAUAUGUAUCUGAGAUCCUUUAUAAAAUAACCUUGAAUAUGCACUAAUGUAAUUUCUGUCCAAUAGUUGUCAUGGAAAUAUUUUGAAUAAAUGACUGAAAUCUA